AUGGAUUUUAAGCAAAAAGACAACGAGUCUCUUUUCGAAGCAUGGGAAAGAUACAAAGACAUGAUUAGGCUAUGCCCAUAUCAUGGACUCGAAAAUUGGCUAAUUAUCCACACCUUUUACAAUGGUCUCUUGUAUAAUACAAGAAUGACAAUAGACGCCGCAGCUGGUGGCGCACUUAUGGAUAAACCAUACAACCAAGCCUAUCAGCUUAUCGAGAGCAUGGCUCAGAACCAUUAUCAGUGGGGAAACGAGAGAACAUCCGUAGAGAAGCCUCAAACGAAAGGCGGUAUGUACGAAGUAAACGAGCUUGACCUUGUUAAAGCCAAACUUGAAGCUCUAACUCAAAAGAUGGAGAGUAUGACCACAACACCUGCAGCCACCGUGGCUGCAACAAUUUCAAAUUGCGAACUAUGUGGAAUUCAAGGGCACACUAUCGCUGAAUGUCAACUCUUGACGGAAGUCCCCCCAGACCAAGUGAACUAUACUCAAGGAAACCCUUACAACCAAGGUCCGAGGAACCAUCCAUACCUUUCGUACAAAAGCAACAAUGCUCUAUAUGCACCUGGCCAAGCACCUACUCCUUCACCACCAGGAUUCCAAAAUCCUGCUCAAAAUGCUCCUAGGAAGUCUAACCUUGAAUUGAUGAUGGAGAACUUCAUAGCCAUACAAACUCAAACUAACAAGGAAGUCCUAAAUCAAAACAUACACACUAAUGAGCAAAUUAAGCAGUUAACAAGCAAUUUAGCUAUCCUAGCCACACACAAUAAGAUGCUUGAAACUCAAAUAGCACAAGUGGCACAACAACAAGCAUCUACCUCUGCUCCUGCAGGAACAUUUCCUGGUCAACCACAACAAAACCCAAGAGGACAAGCCAAUGCUGUUAUACUAAGAAGCGGAAAACAACUAGAUGAACCAACAAAUUCAAAACCUGAUGACCCAGCCAUGCAACAAGGACAAUUUAAGAAAUUUGUAGAGCUUCUACAAAAACUAAACAUCACAAUACCUUUUACGGAAGCUAUCACACAAAUGCCCUCAUAUGCUAAAUUCCUCAAAGAUAUCUUGACUAACAAGAGAAAGAUCGAGGAUGAUGAGACCGUCAUGCUUACUGCCGAGUGUAGCGCCAUAUUACAAAACGAAAUGCCCCCUAAGUUAAAAUACCCAGGAAGUUUCUCCAUACCCUGUGUCAUUGGAAAGUACGUAAUAGAUAGAGCCCUAUGUGAUCUAGGAGCUAGUAUCAGUUUAAUGCCCGUAGCCUUAUGUGAAAAACUGAAAAUGGGAGAACUAAGACCAACAAAAAUGUCCGUACAAUUUGCUGACCGUUCUGUCAAAUACCCUCUAGGUAUUUUAGAAAAUGUGCCCGUACGUGUAGGACAAUUCUUUAUCCCAACUGAUUUCAUAGUUAUGGACAUAAGGGAAGAUUCCAAUACACCUAUCCUUUUAGGAAGGCCAUUCUUAGCAACUGCCGGGUGCCAUAAUAGACGUAAAGAGAGGAAAGCUCACUUUUGA